AUAAAAUAAUAUCAACAUAAUCGGGUUAUAAUUGUAAGAGCUAUACUGUAACGUUGCAGAAAACACAUUUUGUUUAUAUGAUAAUAGUUGUUAAUAAGUUUUAGAAAACCGUUUAUUUAUGGAAUAUUGAGGACAUUUGUUUCUUAUUCUGUCUUGGGAUAUCAAAAACAAUAUGUUCUUUUUGUACAUUUUUAUUUUGCUUGUUAUCAUCCCAAUUGUUAAAGUUGAAGGGGAUGCACUUUGUGAUUGUCAGGAAGUUGAAAUAUUAAAAGAAAUAGUGAAAGAUGUUCUUAUAGAACAACGAAGGGAGUCUGCUAGACUAAGUAGAGUAGAAGCGAAACUGAGAACAUAUGAGAAAACUGGGCCAAUUCCUAAUGAUCGAUUGGCAAAGUUAGAACAAAACGUGAAAGAUAUAAAUUUGAAAUUUAAUGAAACAAUUACCGCAGCUAAUGACAAACAGACAGGUUUUUGCCGGGACAUUGGUGCAAUUGUAAAGAAGACGUUGGUUUCAGAGAAAAAUGAAAGGAAAAAAUUAGUUUCAAACAUGAAUGAAAAAGUUAAUGAACAUAAGGACAUCAUUGAAGCGUUUAAAAUAACGAUUAACAAUACUAUAGACGAACGUUUCCAAUAUAUUACUGCUAAGCAAAUCAAACGCACGGAUGAAAUUGAAGAAUUUAUGGAUGAUAUAGAAAAUGACACUGCAAAUUUUAUCAGGACAGCAUUUAACAUCACUACAUUUAAAAAUGAACUAAUGAUGGAAGUAAAUGAGCGAUUAGAUAGUAUAAAUGAAGUGAAUAAAAGCGUUCAAUGGAUUUCAUCAGAUCUAUUCGCAGUUAAUCAAAGUGUAGGGGAGACCAGAGAUAUGGUAGAUAGACUGGGUGAAGUUGUGAAAGAAAACAAAGUUCGAUUGGUAAACGGCUUAAACCAAUAUGAAGGGAGACUUGAAGUAUGGCAUGAUGGGACUUGGGGAACAGUAUGCGAUGAUGGGUUUGAUACGCUGUCAGCAAGUGUUGUUUGUAGAAUGCUUCAUUAUCCACAGUCCAAUCCUUUGGUAUUUGGCUCCGCAUUAUUCGGCGCUGGAACAUUACCAAUACAUUUAGACGAUGUUAAAUGUACGGGAACUGAAACAAUAUUAUCUCAAUGUCGACAUCAUGGAUGGGGAAAACAUAAUUGUGAUCACAAUGACGAUGUUGGGAUUGCAUGUACUCCAGUUCGAUUGGUUAACGGGUCAAAUCAAUACGAAGGGAGACUGGAAGUAUGGUAUGAUGGGUCUUGGGGAACAGUAUGCGAUAAUGGGUUUGAUACGCUCUCAGCAACUGUUGUUUGUAAGAUGCUUCAUUAUCAACCGACAAAUCCUCUUGUAUUCGGGUCCGCAUACUUCGGCGCUGGAAAAUCACCAAUACUUUUAGAUGAUGUUGAAUGUAAGGGAAAUGAAACACUAUUAUCUCAAUGUCAACAUAAUGGUUGGGGUAAACAUAACUGUAGUCACAAUGACGAUGUUGCCAUGUCAUGUACAACAGUUCGAUUAGUAAAUGGAUCAAAUGAAUAUGAAGGGAGACUAGAAGUAUGGAGUGAUGGGUCUUGGGGAACAGUGUGCGAUGAUGGGUUUGAUGAGCUGUCAGCAACUGUUGUUUGUAGAAUACUUAAUUAUCAACAGACGAAUCCUUUGAUAUUCCGUUUCGCAUACUUCGGCACUGGAACAUUGCCAAUAUAUUUAGACGAUGUUAAAUGUACGGGAACUGAAACAAUAUUAUCUCAAUGUCAACACGCUGAUUGGGGAAAGCAUAAUUGUGAUCACAGUGACGAUGUUAGCAUGUCAUGUACUCCAGUUCGUUUGGUAAACGGAUCAAAUCAAUACGAAGGGAGACUGGAAAUAUGGCACGAUGGGUCUUGGGGAACAGUUUGCACUGAUGAGUUUGAUGAACUGUCAGCAACCGUUGUUUGUAGGAUGCUGAAUUAUCCCCGGAGUAAUUCUCAAGUAAAUGGGUCCACAUACUUUGGCGCUGGGACAUUACCAAUACAUUUAGCCGAUAAUAAAUGUACGGGAAAUGAAUCAAGUUUAGCUGAAUGCCAGCAUAAUGGUUGGAGAAAGCAUAAUUGUAGUCGCAAUGACAAUGUUGGCGUAUCCUGUUCACCAGAAGUUCGAUUGGUGAACGGGUCAAUUCAAUAUGAAGGUAGAUUAGAAGUAUGGCAUAAUGGAACUUGGGGAACAGUAUGCGAUGAUGAGUUUGAUGCGUUGUCAGCUACUGUUGUAUGUAAGAUGCUGAAUUAUCAAUCAACUAAUCCUCGAGUAUUUGCGGAAGCUCACUUCGGCGGUGGAACAUUACCAAUACUUUUAGACAAUGUUCAAUGCACUGGAAGUGAAACAAGCUUAAAUCAAUGUCUAAAAAGGAUUUGGGGAACUCAUGAUUGUAGCCACAAUGAAGAUGUUGGUAUUUCAUGUGCACCAGUUCGAUUGGUAAACGGGUUAGGUCAAUACGAAGGGAGACUGGAAGUAUGGCAAAAUGGAUCAUGGGGAACAGUAUGCGAUGAUGGGUUUGAUGUGCUGUCAGCAAUUGUUGUUUGUAAGAUGCUACAUUAUUCAUUGACUGAUCCUGUUGUAUUCAGUUCUGCAUAUUACGGCGCCGGAACGUUGCCAAUUCAUUUUGACGGUGUUAGAUGUACGGGAACUGAAAAAACGUUAUUCCAAUGCCCGCAUAUUGAUUUAGGAGCUAAUAAUUGUAAUCACAAUAACGAUGUCGGCAUAUCAUGUACACAGGGUAAUCCUUCUGAGAUUUUCUUUAAGUACAAUAAAAUUAUUUUAUUGCAAAUUUCACUAUUUUAUCUAAUGUUUCUUAAAUGAUUUAAACGAAUUUGCUCUUUUAUAAC